AUGAGCUAUACAAGAGAACAGUUAAAAGAGGCGAGGCAAGCAAAAAGUAACCUAGAAAAGAAAAUUGGAUCAAAACUAGAACUAGCAGCAGGCACAAUAGUGAUACUAACAAUAGCACUAGGAAUGGGCGCUGUUACUGGGGCUCUUGCAGGUUUAGCUCUAAGUUAUGUUAACUUGCCACCUCUCAUUGCAGGUGGAAUCAUUGGUUCUGCAAUGUUAUUAGUAGGCUUAAUCAAGGCUUGUUUUUUCUCAAAAACUACAAAUCUCAAAGAUAUACCAAAAGGCAUGUCCAAAGAACAUGAACAAAUUUUGAGAGAAUAUAGCAACAGCGCUGAAUAUAAAAUUAAAAAUUAUGCAAAUACUAUCAGUAGUAUUGGUGUUUUUUUUGGAGUUGGAGCAGGACUAGUUGCUCUUGGUUUUACAUCACCCGCAGCUAUAGGUGCUUUAACUUUUGUAGUGAGUGUGAUUGCUUGUAUUCCUUUAAGUUUCUUAAUUAAUAAAGCAAUUGAGUGCUUUUUUCCAGAAGGAAAUAAACAGCCAGGUAGUUCAGUUGACAGCGGUGUGAAAGUUGAUGGUACUGGUCAUAGUCCUU